ACCACUAACCUUCGCAAAGAAGUUUCUUUGGCAACUGGAGUUGGUGAGGCAACUGUUGCCUGUAUUCUUGCUGAAUAUAAUAAAACUGGAAAGGUUAAAGCAUCAAUACAAGGUUACCGGAUUUCCAAAGACUUUCAAGAAGAAUACUUAAGUGCUAUUCAUAACCUUAUUUUUUCUGCGAACAAAGAUGAUAUUCCAACCACCCUUCGAACACUG